AUGAAGAGAUUCGUGCGAAAAAUCUUCAAUUCGAAAGAAAGUAAAGGAGAGCCAGAGGUCAAAACGCCACCAGAAUAUCUUUACGAAAAGUUCCAAGUGAUCAGCGACGAAGACAAUGAGUUCAGAUCAUCAGAUCUGUUGGACGCCUGCAGAACCGGCGACGAAGAUCUCGCCCGAAAAUGUCUCAAUCGAGGGGUGCACCCUGAUUGCUUUGCUCAAAGAACAGCUAAUUCACCGCUCCAUUUGGCACUGUAUUACCGACACAAGAUGAUAGUCCAAUUACUUCUGAGACACGACGCAAAUCCUAAUUGGGGUAACGUCGAAGGCUCAACUCCGCUUCACAUCAUCGCAGAGCUAAAGAACAAGGAAAAUGCCCAUAAAAAAUUGAUAGAUAUGUUCUUCGAGAUUUGCGACGAACAGAAACUCAAGUUGGAAAUCAAUGCCCAGGACAAAUUGGGUAGGACUCCGCUUUACACAGCUGUAGCCCAUGGAUGCAUCGAGUUCAUAGAGAUUCUGCUCGAAAGAGGGGCUGAUCCAAAUUUAGCUAGAAAGGGAAAGUUUAGCCCUCUGCACAAGCUCGUCAGCAGAUUCCCACAAAAUAAGAUCUUGUUCGAUCAGUUUUUAGAUAUAUGCGACAAGAAGCGUGUGGAGGUUCAAGUCGGCGCUCAAAAUUUAUUGGGCAACUCACCGCUUCACGAAGCUGUAUCUCGUGACCAGAGAGGCUUGAUCAAUUGUCUGCUGAAAAUGGGCGCUGAUCCAAAUCUUGCUAACAACGAAGGCUCGACAGCCCUGCAUAUUAUUUGCAGAAGAUGCAAAGCCAAUUUUAAAUACGAAGGUUUGUUGGCCUAUUUCUUCGAGAUCUGCGAAACAUUGAGCAUAAAGUUGCGGGUCGACGCCCAAGACAACCUGAAACGAACACCUCUUCAUUGGGCUAUGAUUAAUCUUUUGCCAUUCGAUGUUGAUAUACUCUUGGCUCGUGGCGCUGACUUGAAAAACUUUGUUUUUCCACGUGGGAGCGAUUUUCACGAGGGAUUGGAAUCGCUUCAGAAUACAGUUGUUCCGCCUAAACUUAAAGUGAUUUUGGCGUCUAGUAUGAUGACCAUCGUCCAGCUUCUAGAGCGCUGCGGGAGAAGAACAUUUAAACUGAGCCAAGGAAACGUAAAGACGAUAAUAGUGUUCUUCGCCACUUACGGAUUGUUCGAGAGCUCAACGCAGUGCCUCGAACGAUUGUGCGGGGACAAAAAAUUCGUUCGCUCGGCCGAAACGCUUAUGAUAAAGGAGAAUCUUUCGCUCUACGAUCUGAUCUGUAUGAAACCGAGCAAGGCGGCGCAGGAAGUCACGUGCCUAGAUUACUGGUACUUCUCAGGCACGAACAAAUUGUUGGAGCUCCCAACCUCAGAAGCUCAAGAGAUUUGUGCCCUCCACCUGUGCGAGAAAAUGUCAAGAGAAUUUUGUCGGCAAUUCGCUUGGUCACGUACUUGGCCGCUGAUGCGAAAUGGCCUGGAGACCAUUGUCGGUUCUAUGUUUACUGGAGACUUGAUUAACCUAGAGCUGUAUACCGUUAUCUUGGCGCCGUUAAAAAUUAACUAA